AUGAAUUAAGAUCAACUAAAUUUUGAUUUCUCACUAAAAGCAUUAUUCUUUUUUAAUCCAUUAGCUAUUCCAACUGUACCUAAACCAUCUGAAUAAGUAUUUAAUAUAUUAAUAUAUAGGAUUAAUAAGAUGCAAAAUUAAUCUAUUACUAUCCACAAAAUGCAAAUAUUGAAGAAAAAAGAAUUUAAACAGGAAUGGCUGAAGGUAUCUUUCAAUUUUUUACAUAAUUUAAUCCAAAUCCUAAUAUUUUAGAGUAGUAAGAAAAUAAAAACAAAAAUGAAUCUUUGUAGUUUUAAACAAUACAUUUGGAAUAACAAACCCAUAUAAUAUGUAGGGUUAAAGAAGAUCUAUUUCUAUUUAUGACUCUAGCUCAUUAAAAAAUAUCAAAAAUAAAAACUAUUGUUGAGGAUUAUUUUUUUAGUGAAUGCAAUAAAUUUCAUUUUAGCUUAUCAAAAAAUUUAUAUACUAAUAUUGCUGAGAAUUUUGUGAUAAAUUUUGAAUUAUUUUAUGGAUAAGAUUUAACAUAAUUAGAUUAAUAUACAUAAAGAUGGAUUUUAUGUAAUGCAAGAUCUGGUGCAAUAUUGAAUUUAUUUAAUUUUUAAUCUUUCUCAUUAAAAUAUGCAAAGAUUGAUGCUGCUAUAUAUAUGCAUUUAUAAUCUAUAUUAACUUUAGGAAGAUAAUAAGAGGAAUAAAUAACAGAUUUUAUUGUAUUUUAUGCUGGUUAUUUCUUAUUUUCAACUUUGCCACAUUAAAAGGCUAUUUUAUUUAAAGAACAUUAUUAUGGUAGUGGAUUACCUUGGUCAAAUUUUGAAGGCAAAAUAAAUUAAAAAUUUCCACCUUAUACAGAUAAUCAAUCAGCAUAUUUAAAUUUUUUUAAUUUAAGAAAUAUUGUAAGAGAAGGAUUUUCAGGUCAAAUGGUUUAUAUAAAUAAAUAAAAGAAAAAUAUUUUUACAUUUUUAGAGAAACAAUUAUUUAUUAUUGUUAUUGCAAAUCCAUUAAAAGAUUUAUAAAAUCUAUAAAAACUUGUUAAUGUCUUCUAAAAAUCUAUUGAUAAAUUAAUAUAUAAGUUAGAUAUAAUUAUUGAAUAGAAUUAAAGAUAAGAUUUGGUUAAAUUCAUUUAUUUUAAUGGAGUUAAUUUGGCUUAUAGAGUAUCUAGUUAAUUAAUUGUUGCUAAAUUAAGUUCUGAAAAUCUAAGAGUACUUUAAUUAGUUUAUGAAAAAUUGAACACUUCUAAUCAAUAUGUUAUAAGGACGUAAAAAUAUAAAAAUAUAUUAGAGCAGGAGUCUGGUUUUAUGGUAGUAAAGUAACUGAAAGAAAGGUUGUAUAUAUAUUACCUGCAAAUAUACCAUUAAGCAAAGUAGAAGAGGAAGUUAAUAAAAUUGCUGAUUAAACAUUCCCUAAUUUGCUUUUGUGA